AUGAAGUUCUCAACCGUCAUCAUCUCAGCGCUCGGCGUGGGCAGCGCAGUCAACGCAGCUGCUAUCCCAGAAGAAGCAAGCUCGCUCAUCGUUCGCUCGGAUUACGACAUCGCCACAUCACCUGAAACAAGCAACACACUUGAGAAGCGCAAGGGAGGCGGCGGAGGUGGAAGAGGAGGUGGUGGCGGCAGCAGUUCUGGCGGUGGUCGCUCUGGUUCGUCCUCGUCAGGCUCGUCGGGCAGCUCUGGCUCUUCGGGCAGCUCUGGCAGUCGCGGCUCUGGAAGCUCUGGAAGUACAUCAGGCGGUUCAGGCGUGAGACCCUCGUACGGCGCUGGAGGCAACUACUACGCCGGUGGUGCUACCACGCCAUACAGAUCCGGCGGCCUUUCUCCCGGCAGAAUUACACCAUUUGUCCUCGGUGGCGCUGCAUUGGGUGUUGGAGCAUUCGCUCUCUAUGGCGCUGGCGCUUACGUCUACCCCUACGCUCACCCUUACUACUUCCACAACCGCACUGAGGCCGCGCAAAACCAGACUUAUACCAACUCCACAAACUCCACACUUCCUGUUGACUGUGUUUGCGCACAGAACGCUGAGUGUUCAUGCGACGAGCAACAGGACCCUUCUUACCUGGCUUCGAUCGUCGGCAAUGGUUCAGCUUCCGACAUCAAUUCGACUGUCGCUCGCGUCGCCAACGUCAAUGGUACUGACACUCUUAUCAUCAACGGUACUGUUCCAGAUGGCACAGGCUCGAGUUCUGGCACAAGCGCUGCAGCUGGCAUGAGAGUGCCCGAAUCCGCUGGCAUGUGGUUGAUCGCCACCGGUGUUGGUGCUUUCGUCUAUGCCAUGUAA